AUGAGGAGUCGCGCACUGUUCACGCUCAUAACCGGCCUCGCAGCAGUGUACUGCGUAGUCGCCGUUGAAAGCGAUCGGCGGAAGGAAAUUCCCAUCGCGGGCAUGUUUGAAGCUGGCUCGGUGGGCGAGAGUGCCUUCUCGUUCGCUGUCUACUCCUACAACAGGAAUCCGCGGAAUCCAUUCUACCUUCUCCCUAAAUUGAGCAUUCUCAGCCCACCACACGAUGCUAUCACUGUCCUGGACAGGUUUUGCGAGCUCGCUGCGGACAAUGUGCUCGCGGUGUUUGUCAGCGAGUUGGCGUUUCGCUCGGAGGUAAGUCAGGUCCUUUCCAACGCCGCCACAGCCACCGAAGUGCCUUUGAUUACCACGGCGGGGGGCCAACGGCGUUCCUUUACCCAGAACCUCAUGCCCACAACCACGGCUGCUCUCGCCGAUGUGCUGGUUUACGAGAACUGGACGAGGUUCUCCUACCUCACCACGAGCAUCGAGGGUGUCGGUAGGUUGACAGAUCUGGUGGAAGAGCUGGAAGCCCGGAAGUCAAACUUCAGUCUAGCCGAAGUAACCGUCCACUACGUGGGCGGUUUGACGGACCAGCAGGUGGUGCUGGACACCCUAUUCUCUCUCGACAGUGCUCUCGAAAAGAGGAAAUGCAGACGACUAGUGAUCGAUUCGCGUGUUGAGGAGACUCGACGUCUGAUGCGGUUGUUUUCCAAAAUUGGCAUGAAUCGAGGCGAGUAUGAAUUCCUCUUUUCAAGCGUCAAUGUGGCUGACGCUGAUCUGACUGACUACAUUUACUCGGGCACAAAGUUGGCUGGAUUUCGUUUAAUGGACCCAGAACGCUCCGACGUGCAGCAGUUCAUGGCCGACUGGAACGGCUGGAGCAGUCGUGGCCCCACAGUCGCCUCGGACACCGCCAGCGGCCAGUCCGCAUCGUCUCCGGCGUUUUAUCAUGCAGCUCUGAUGGCCGACGCAUGGACAGCCAAAACCCACCUUGAUUUCGAAGCGUUCACUCCCCCACGCAUCGAGGAGCCUCAAGUUCCGCCAGACGAUGAGGGUCACUCUGAAGGUCUCCCGCAAGUCUGGGAAGAGGACUUCGACCCGGAUGUGGUAAUCGAUCGGACGCGUCUCGCUGACUUCCGCAACCGCACGAUUCGCGUGGUGACGAUUUGGUCGAGGCCGUUUGUACAACCGAAGUCGCACAAUACCGGCGGCCCCGAGCCCCUGGGAGUCGAUCGUUUCGAGGGCUUCUGUGUUGAUUUCCUGGAGGAGAUAAGCAAAAUUGUUGGCUUCAAGUACGACAUCCACAUCGUCUACGACGGCAUCUUUGGCACGAAGAUUGGCGAGUUGCCACCGGAGCGUGUGGAGGUCCUGUCACGGCGACCACUUAGCAACAAGAUCGAACGACGCGUCAAGACGAGGCGGCUGCAGGUGUGGAAUGGCUUGAUUGGCGAGAUUCUCAAUAACACCGCCGACAUAGUGGUGGCUCCACUAACCGUCAACUAUCUGCGGGCGCGAGUAGUCGAAUUCUCAGAGCCCUUUCUCGCCUUCGGUCUCUCCCUCAUCAUCAAGAAACCGGGAAAGCAGAAAUCUGGGAGUUUCUCCUUCCUGCGUCCACUCUCCAACGGGGUCUGGUUCGCAAUCUUCGGCGCUUGGAUUACCGUCAGCUUGGGGCUCUACAUCAUCGCGAGAAUCAGUCCCACGGAGUGGCAGAUGAAGAUUGAUCCACAAACCGGCAAGAGGUAUUACGGCCGUCAGUUCACCUUGGGCAAUGCAAUUUGGAUAUCUUUCGCGGCGUUUGUGCAACAGGGUGUGGACUUCGCACCCCGCGCUCCCGGCUCCAGACUCCUGGUUUCGGUUUGGUGGUUCGUCACGCUCAUUCUGAUCGCCUUCUACACGGCUAACCUCGCUGCCUUCCUCACCAUCUCCCUUCGAGUGCCGCCCAUCAACGGCUGGUCGGACCUGCUGAAGUCCGACAUGGAGUACGGCUCUCUGAGCUCGGGUUCAACGCGUGACUUCUUCUUCAACACCAAACUCGAACCCUUCGCGCAGCUGGGCGCGUGGAUGAAGCAGAACCAGCACGCUCUCGCCAACUCCUUAGAGAAGGGUGUGGAGAGAGUGCGUUCUUCGAAGGGAAAAUACGCCUUCGUGUUGGAAUCCGUGAUGAACGAGUACGUGAACAACAGGGAGCCCUGCGACACAAUGAUGGCUGGAAGCCCCUUUGGGAACUAUGGAUACGGGAUUGCUCUUCCGCGGAAGUCUCCGUUGAAGGAGGCCUUGAGCGACGCAGUCCUUCAGCUUAGAGAACGCCAGGUUCUGGCGACGUUGCGGAAGAAGUGGUGGAUAGAACGGGGCCAGUGCUCGGCCGACGGCGACGGUGAUGGCGACAUGUCGGAGUCGAACGCCCUCGCACUCAUCAACGUCGCUGGCGUCUUCUAUGUCCUAGUGGGAGGAUUGUUGCUGGCUCUGUUGGUAGCGAGUCUUGAACUCUGGUGGCACGUGGGGCUGUCUAGGAAGGCAGCAAGCAAGAAGACUAGGGCGGAUGCUGAUCAAGCCGAAAGCACUGUCGUGACACCGAAUAUUUGCCAAGACGACGAUCCUUGGACCCUGCUGCCGCACAAACGACUCGACGCAGCCACUAGCUCAUAG